UCUUCCUGAUGCAACGACAACAGCUUUUGAAUAUGAAGAUGAGGAUGGCGAUCGGAUUACUGUUCGCAGCGAUGAAGAAAUGAAAGCUAUGUUGUCCUAUUACUAUACAACUGUAAUGGAGCAGCAGGGAAAUGGAGAGCUGAUCGUGCCCCUGCAGAUCUACCCAAGAGCUUGCAAGCCUCCUGGGAAAAGGAACAUACAUGGCCUGAAGGUAAAUACGCGAGCCGGGUCUGCUAACAACAGCAGUGUGGCCAUCACAGACUCCCUUCCAAGCCAUAGUUUGAAGAAGUCCUCUGCUGAGCUGAAGAAAAUAUUAGCAAAUGGCCAGAUGAAUGAACAAGACAUACGGUAUCGAGACAUCCUUGGCCACGGCAACGGAGGCACCGUUUAUAAAGCAAACCAUGUCCCCAGUGGGAAAAUACUAGCCGUAAAGGUGAUUCCUUUAGAUAUUACACUAGAACUUCAGAAACAGAUUAUGUCUGAAUUAGAAAUCCUUUAUAAGUGUGAUUCAUCCUACAUCAUAGGAUUUUAUGGUGCUUUUUUUGUAGAAAACCGGAUUUCCCUUUGUACUGAAUUUAUGGAUGGGGGCUCUUUAGAUGUCUACAGAAAAAUUCCAGAACACGUCUUGGGAAGAAUAGCUGUAGCUGUUGUUAAAGGCCUUACUUAUUUAUGGAGCUUAAAAAUUUUACAUAGAGAUGUGAAGCCCUCUAAUAUGUUGGUGAACACAAGAGGCCAGGUCAAGUUAUGUGACUUUGGAGUGAGCACCCAGCUGGUGAAUUCCAUAGCAAAGACAUACGUCGGGACGAAUGCAUAUAUGGCACCUGAACGGAUUUCUGGAGAACAGUACGGCAUUCAUUCCGAUGUUUGGAGUCUAGGGAUUUCCUUCAUGGAGCUUGCUCUCGGGAGGUUCCCUUAUCCUCAGAUUCAGAAAAACCAGGGAUCUUUAAUGCCUCUCCAGUUACUCCAGUGCAUUGUUGAUGAGGAAUCUCCUGUCCUUCCGGUUGGGGAGUUCUCGGAGCCGUUUGUACACUUCAUCACUCAAUGUAUGAGGAAGCAACCAAAAGAACGACCAGCCCCCGAAGAAUUAAUGGGCCACCUCUUUAUUGUGCAGUACAAUGACGGGAACGCUGAAGUUGUCUCCAUGUGGGUGUGCCGGACCCUGGAGGAGAGGCGGUUGCAGCAACAGGGAUCCCAGUGAGCGGAAGAGAUGUGCUCUCUCUCUCCCACCAGACAACGAACGGCCUCUGAAGAGCUUCCCGGCAAACCCAUUUCACAGCUGAGCCUGCCGGGAUCCUUUUUCUUCAAGCAAUUCAGCGGAUGUCCUUUGCCACUCCUCUCUCACGGCCCCCUGCAUCCCUAAGACAAUAGGAGCAUAUAUUUUAAUUAAACCGAAUGUAUAUAUGUUGGCCUCCAAGUAUUUUAUACACUUUGGGACCUUUGCUAGCUAAAUAUAAGGACAUGAGCAGAAUGGAGGUGGCCAUCCUGUGGACCCAGUCAUGUGCCUGCUUUGGAUUGGGAUUUGAAAUUGAAUUUUUAGAUGAUGGACCAGUGGAACAAAAUGGAUCAAGAUGAAAGAAUAAA